GGCGGGGAGGGAGCAGGAGGGAGGCAAGAAAGUAGCAGAAAGUGAGGCUGGCAGGCGGCGGCAAAGGAGCAGGCGAGCAGCGGCGGCAGGAAGUCUCUGACCGAAACGAGCAGAAAUAAGAGCCAGGGAGGGACCGCGACAGCGGCGGCGGCGAGAGCGAAAGAGGAAACUGCAGAAGAGGAAGCUCUGCGGCGGCCCCGAGCCUCCCGCCUAGCGCCCGGCAUCCCCGCGCGCCCCUGCGCCCGCGCCGCGCCCCCGGCGCCCCCUCCCCAGCGCGCCCCCGGCCGCCCCACCGCGCCGCGCCGCGCUCGUCUGCCAUGGCCCGGGAGAACGGCGAGAGCAGCUCAUCUUGGAAAAAGCAAGCCGAAGACAUUAAGAAGAUCUUCGAGUUCAAGGAGACCCUCGGGACGAUUAAGCAUGAAAACAUAGUUGCCCUGGAAGACAUUUAUGAAAGCCCAAAUCACCUGUACUUGGUCAUGCAGCUAGUAUCUGGUGGCGAGUUGUUUGAUCGGAUAGUGGAGAAGGGAUUCUACACAGAAAAGGAUGCCAGCACUCUGAUCCGCCAGGUCCUGGAUGCUGUGUACUAUCUGCACAGAAUGGGCAUCGUCCACAGGGACCUCAAGCCUGAAAAUCUGUUGUACUAUAGUCAAGAUGAAGAAUCCAAAAUAAUGAUCAGUGACUUUGGAUUGUCAAAAAUGGAGGGCAAAGGAGAUGUGAUGUCCACUGCCUGUGGAACCCCUGGCUAUGUUGCUCCUGAAGUUCUGGCCCAGAAACCUUACAGCAAAGCCGUUGACUGCUGGUCCAUCGGAGUCAUCGCCUACAUCUUGCUCUGUGGCUACCCUCCUUUUUAUGACGAAAACGACUCCAAGCUCUUUGAACAGAUCCUCAAGGCAGAAUACGAGUUCGACUCUCCCUACUGGGAUGACAUCUCCGACUCUGCAAAAGACUUCAUUCGGAAUCUGAUGGAGAAAGAUCCAAAUAAAAGAUACACGUGUGAGCAGGCAGCUCGGCACCCAUGGAUUGCUGGUGACACGGCCCUCAACAAAAAUAUCCAUGAGUCCGUCAGUGCCCAGAUCCGGAAGAACUUUGCCAAAAGCAAAUGGAGACAAGCAUUUAAUGCCACAGCCGUCGUGAGGCAUAUGAGAAGACUACAUCUCGGCAGCAGCCUGGACAGCUCGAAUGCAGGUGUCUCAAGCAGCCUCAGUCUGGCCAGCCAAAAAGAUUGUGCGUCUGGAACCUUCCACGCUCUGUAGUUUCAUUUCCUCUUCGUCAGGGGUCUCAGGAGUUGGAGCCGAGCGGAGACCCAGGCCCACCACUGUGACGACAGUGCACACUGGAAGCAAGUGACCGGCUCUGGAGGUGGGAACCAGGGGGCGGGGCCAGGGAAGGGGAGCCCUGGGCCACCAAGAUCCCGCCUUACCUGGUGCACCUUCCUGCAUAGGACUGGAAGACACAAGUUUUUUUAUGGCCAUAUUUUAUACUGCAAUUCUGAAGUGUUCAUUUCUCACAAACUCUACUGACUCAAGGGGAGCUGAAUUAAUAGGACCUGGUGCUGUAUAUAUGAAUCUUGCAAAGCUCUAACCGAAUGGACCUUCUUCUUCUUCCUCUCCCCCAACUCCGCCAUUUCCAUUCUCUGCAGCGUAGGCAACUGUCUAGGGUGUAUUUUUUCAUGGAAAAAAAAUAUGGUUUCAACUGGAUUAUUUAAAUAUUAGUAAAUAUUGUGCAUUAGGA